AUGGGAUUAUUCGAGGGACUCCACAUUAAUAAGCUCACAUUCGUCAAUCGCUGGAUACACCCCUGCAACUACCGGCUAUCGGAGGUAGUUGAGCUUCAAGCCGACGAAGGCGUCGCUGAUCUUAGCAACGCAUCCAGCGGGGAAAUUGUUACCCCCGACAUGGCUCACCUCGUCAACCCGUAUUGGAGCAAAUUCCCCCCAAUGAAUUCAACAAUGAGUCAAGUUUUGGGUAUUUACACACUCAUCCUCCUGCUCUUCUCCUCCUUUGGCAAUGGCGUUGUGGUCUACAUAUUUGGCAGUGCUAAAUCACUGCGCACACCCGCCAACCUGCUCGUACUGAACUUGGCCUUCUCCGACUUCUGUAUGAUGGUGUCGCAAGCGCCUGUUAUGAUCAUCAAUUUUUACUAUGAGACGUGGAUAUUGGGACCGCUGUGGUGUGACAUUUAUUCCAUCUGCGGCUCUAUGUUCGGCUGUGUGUCUAUUUGGUCGAUGUGUAUGAUUGCGCUGGAUCGCUACAAUGUCAUAGUGAAGGGUGUGUCAGGCCGCCCAAUGACAACUAAAUUAGCGGUCAGGAAAAUUAGCGGCAUUUGGAUGUUCGCAACAUUUUGGACGCUGCUACCAUUGCUCGGUUGGAGCAGAUAUGUGCCUGAAGGCAACUUGACGGCAUGCACCAUUGACUACAUGACGCGCGACUGGAAUCCACGCUCCUAUCUGCUCAUCUAUUCAUCGCUGGUCUACUUCACGCCACUCUUCCUCAUUUGCUAUUCUUAUUGGUUUAUUAUUGACGCUGUGGCGGCACACGAAAAAGCAAUGAGCGAACAGGCGAAGAAAAUGAACGUUAAAUCGCUACGCUCCUCAAGGGAUUGCGAGAAGAGCACCGAGGCGAAGUUGGCCAAAGUGGCGUUGACCACAAUCGCUUUGUGGUUUAUGUCAUGGACACCUUAUGUAAUCAUUUGCUAUUGCGGCUUCUUUGGAGUGGAAGGAAUGACGCCGCUGAGUACGAUUUGGGGAGCGACAUUUGCAAAAACGGGUGCGGCUUGUAAUCCAAUUGUGUACGGAAUCAGUCAUCCCAAGUACCGUUUAGUGCUAAAGGAGAAAUGUCCUUGUUGCAUAUUUGGUUCAACAGAGGAGGAUAAGCCGGACGCACCCGCGUCGGAGAGCCAGGGCACGGCUGAUGCUGAAUCGAAUGCUUAGUGAGGAGAAGAGGCCUUAAUAUCACCUUACUUUAAUAUAUUCCUGUUUAAAUAAUACAUAGUUCCUAGAUAUUUUGGAAGUUAUAUAUAUAUAUAGUAUGUAAGCAAACCAUUCCAAAAUGUAAAAAAAAUUUAAAGGAAUCGAUACGAUACAAAGCAUUCAAAAAUAAUGCGA